CCAUGUGCCUCUCAGCAGGUCUCUGCCAUGGGUAACAGGGGAACAAGCAAUCACUCAGAAGGAACUGACUUCAUUCUUGUAGGUUUCAGGGUUCACCAAGAGCUUCACAUCUUCCUCUUCCUGCUAUUUCUGCUUGUAUAUGCCAUGAUCCUUCUAGGAAACAUUGGGAUGAUAGCCAUUAUUACAACUAACCCCCAGUUGAACACACCAAUGUAUUUCUUCUUAGGAAACCUGUCCUUCAUUGAUCUCUUCUAUUCAUCUGUUAUUGCACCCAAGGCUAUGAUAAACUUCUGGUCUGAGAGCAAGUCCAUCUCCUUUGCGGGCUGUGUGACCCAGGUCUUUCUCUUUGCCCUUUUCAUUGUGACUGAGGGAUUUGUCCUGGCAGCCAUGGCUUAUGAUCGCUUCCUUGCCAUCUGCAAUCCUCUUCUCUACUCUGUUCAGAUGUCAGCACGUCUCUGCACUCAGUUGGUGGCUGGAUCCUAUUUCUGUGGCUGCAUCAGCUCAGUUCUUCAGACCAGCAUGACCUUCACUUUAUCUUUUUGUGCUUCUCGCACCAUUGACCAUUUCUACUGUGAUGACCGUCCACUUCAGAAGAUUUCAUGUUCUGACCUCUACAGUCACAAGAUGGUUUCUUUUUUCUUAUGCAGCAUUAUAAUUUUGCCUACCAUAUUUGUCAUUAUUGUGUCCUAUGUGUAUAUUGUGUCCACAGUUCUAAAGAUACACUCCACUGAGGGACGUAAGAAAGCCUUCUCCACUUGCAGCUCUCACCUGGGAGUGGUGAGUGUGCUGUAUGGUGCUGUCAUUUUUAUGUAUUUUGUUCCUGACAGAUUUCCUGAGCUGAGUAAAGUGGCCUCCCUGUGUUACACCCUAUUCACUCCCAUGUUGAAUCCUCUAAUUUACUCUCUGAGAAACAAAGAUGUCAAAGAAGCUCUGCGAAAGAUCCCUCAGAAAAAAAUAUUUUUAUUUAAUUCUUUCUUAACAGUGAUAUAG